GCGCACCGGAAGCGGAAGUGAGAGCUCCAAUGUUGACAUGCUGGGAGGCAUGAUAGCGGUGACUGCACGGAGAGCUGUGCCCUGGGGGCUGGGGGCAGGCUGGACACCCGGGCUGGUCCUGCGCCAGGUCAGAGCGAGGACAAGGUCUAUUUAUAACCAGGCAUAGGCAACCUUCGGCACUCCAGAUGGUUUGGACUACACCUCCCAUGAUGCUUUGCCAGCAUUAUAGGUGUAAGAGCAUUAUGGGAAAUGUAGUCCAAAACAUCUGGAGUGCCGAAGGUUGCCUAUGCCUGUAAAACUAGCAUAGCUUUUCAUGUAUUAGCUGUGCCUGUAAACGAAAAGGACACAAUUUAUGCUUAAUCAGCAAAUGAGAUUUAACAUUAUUAUUAUUAUUAUUGCCAUUUAUGUAGCGCCAACAGAUUCCGUGGCGCUUUACAAUAUUAUGAGAGGGGGGGGAUUUAACUAUAAAUAGGACAAUUACAAGAAAACUUACAGAAACGAUAGGUUGAAGUAGACAGCGAUACGGAAUUUGCUGGCACUAUAUAAAUAAUAAAAUAAUAAUAGUAAGAGGACCCUGCUCAAACGAGCUUACAGUCUAUAGGAGGUGGUGUAUAAAACACAAUAGGACAGGAUAUGGUACGUUUUGUUGCACAACUGCUACUUCCUAUUUCGGAUAUAACCAAAAUUAACUGAAUGCUGAGCAGUUCUGGGCUCCACAGUGAUUUUGUUGAGAGGGGCAGGUUACACUUCAUUUACACCUUCAUUUUAUGAAUGAGUGCGUAAAUAUAUUUAUGGAUUACAACAGGUUAACCAUAAAUAAUUGCUAAAUUCUUAACCAAAAUAAGAACAUACAUGUGUUUUUACUCAAAUUAAAUUAGUGUAGAUUAGCAACAUUUGAUUAAAAUGAUCAAAUGUUACCCACAUUUCGAAUUCUCUUUGGCUAGAGGCAUAAUUUAAUAAGCACAUCUCAUUAUGUAUCAACUAGUGUCUGCUUAAAAUGCAUAAUUGUCACAUGCAAAUCUAUAUAAAUGAUCACAUACAUUUUUAAGCACCAAAUUCAAAGAAAACAAAUCCAGUAGUAGGCAAAUUCACAAAUAAAAGCACCUGGUUUCAGGUAAGCUUACGGAAAUCUGAACUAUUUGUUUUAAUUAUUGGAAUAUAAUGUUCCCCGCUAUGGAGUUAUCCUUUCUCCAUAGGAAUAAGUUAUCUAAUUUGUGCUAAUGACCUUUUAUAUUUUAUAUUUUAAUAGAAAAAUUGUCCACUAUCUGUAUAUUCAGUAAAACUAAACUGAAUCAAAUUUCCUGGUAGAUAGUGACCAGCUACUAUAGAUUAUGAGAAAUCACUUGCAUAUCGGCAAGCUGAAAUCCGGUCUAUAGUCAAUCUAGUUUGAAGGCAGUGUUGUAAAAUCCAGACACUGAUCAAUCUUCAGAACAGUGCCCAGUUUUUGCAUUCCGACUGCCAAAGGUUAGUUUUGAAAAUUUAGUAAGCAACUCUGACAGUUGACAAUGCAAACACGGAAGAAGAGAUUAGUUUAAAGGAGCACUGUAGGGUCAGGAACACAAACAUGUAUUCUUCAUUCUAUAGUGUUAAAAACACUAUCUUGCCCCCCUAAAUAUAGUAAAAUAUUACUUUUAUUCCAGCCUGCUGCUUCUGGCUCGGUCCCUGAUCUGCCUGCUUGGCUGACAGACACAAGUGGUUAACUCAGCCAAUUCCAAUGCUUUCCCAUAGGAACGCAUUGGAUUGGCUGAGCUUGUCAAGGAGCCAGUGUAAGCCAAACACAGCCCUGGCCAAUCAGCAUCUCCUCAUAGAGAUGCAUUGAAUCACUGUGCAGCACUGCCACAGGAAGCCAUCUAAGGAGUGGCCAGUGGAGGUAUGCCUAUGCUGUAAUGCAAACACUGCAUUUUCUUUGAAAAGACAGUGUUUACUGCAAAAAGCCUGAAGGGAAUGAUUAUACUCACUAGACCAAAUACAAUAAGCUGUAGUUGUUAUUAUUAUUAUUAUGAUAUUUAUAGAGCGCCGUCAAAUUCCGCAGCGCUUUACAGUGGGUGGACGAACAGACAUGUAGUUGUAACCAGACAAGUUGGACACACAGGAACCGAGGGGUUGAGGGCCCUGCUCAAUGAGCUUACAUGCUAGAGGGAGUGGGGUAAAAUUACACAAAAAGGUAAGGAUUGUUCUGGUGGCUAUUGUAUCUCUUUAAUAUAUAAACCAACAGAUGUCAAAUUUGUUUAAGCUUCACAUUUCAUUUACAAAGGGAAUCUCUGCAAUUUACCAGGGGUGUUGCUUGGUUACAGGAAAACCUGAGGCUUGUGCCCAAAAGAAAUCACUGUGUUCCCUACACCAUCAGAUAAGUUGGGCUACGUCAUUACAUACCAUUGCCUCUGUCUGUUAUGUCCCCUUCUCUCUGCCCAUGAACAGCAAUGAGAGCCUAGUAGGAAACCGCAGCUACAUAACUAAUAAAAAUGUGUACAGAAAACAUCUGUUCACAAGCACCUCUUCCUGACCAUCAUCAGGGAGCACCACCCCCUUUACACCUGGCAGAGCACUAUACUAUUGAACUUUCUUUUUAUAAGAGGUAGCUGUUUUGAGAUACAGCUGUCUGAUGUUUAAAAUUUAAAGAAAAAAAAUACACCUGCCCAUCCAUGAGCUGUAAAGGUCUCGGGUAAAGGACUCCACAUUUGGAGCUUCAAUCCUCAAAGUCUGUGCAGUUUACAUAUCCGUCAUACCAUAUCUCACAACAUUGUUGUCAAAGUUAUGAUUGGAAAACUGAAAAAAAAAACAAGUGCUGUAUAUAUGCAACAAUACAUUACAUAUGGAUACCCCAACAGAAGGUGUCAAGGUAUUUUUAAACAGUUUAACUUCUUACCUAGGGUAUGCCGGUUGCCGUUUACUACCAUGUCCCUAGAGACAGAAUUUUACUCAGAAAAAAACUUGUUAGCUCUCCUCAGCUAAGACUUUAAAUGGAGGUCAGAUAGUUGUCUGAGACUGAUCGGCUUUACUGAGGAAUUUACGGUCUCGGGACAUGGUAGUGAAGUUGGCAGUGGCUCCCAAGUAAGAAGUUAAACCAUUCAAAAAUGCAUUUCUAGCACCAUAACCUCGACAGUGAGCUGUAUUGGCUAUUGUGCUUGAUGUGUUGCCUUCGUAUAGUUAUGGUAAUGUAGACAAUAUACACAUAAUAUAUUGAGCAUGAACAUAUAUCUACUUGCAGGCUUUUAUCUACAUUGAAUAUUUAAUGUUGAACCGUAUGGAUGUACUGCUAUCUUAACUUUUAAAAAAUCAUGUUGCUUUCCAAAUAGAUCUAUGUAACAAUCAUUGUACAGAAUUGUGUUAUGCUUGUCUCUUGUUCCUAUAAAUAUGUAAAUUGGCUGAUUGCGCUAUGUGUAUUACAGAUUAGCUCCUUACCCAGUUACACAUUCCCUAAAGAAGUAAAAAUUGUUGAAGUUGGACCGAGGGAUGGACUACAAAAUGAAAAGGUACAAAUACAAAAUGUAUACCGAUGCUUGAAUGUACGAUAAGCCUUAAAGUAAAUCUUUCUUGUUUUUCUUCUUUAAAGGACCACUAUAGUGCCAGGAAAACAUACUCAUUUUCCUGGCACUAUAGUGCCCUGAGGGUGCCCCUCCCGCCGGGCUCUGGGGAGAGGAAGGGGUUAAACUUACCUCUUUCUCCAGUGCCGGGCGGGGAGCUCUCCUCCUCCAUAGCGACGUCAUCGGCUGAAUGCACAUGCGCGGCAGGAGCCGCGCACGCAUUCAGCCAGUCCAUAGGAAAGCAUUCACAAUGCUUUCUUAUGGACGCUGGCGUCUUCUCACUGUGAAAAAUCACAGUGAGAAGCACGCAAGCGCCUCUAGCGGCUGUCAAGAGACAGCCACUAGAGGCUGGAGUAACCCUAUUAUAAACAUAGCAGUUUCUCUGACCUGGCACCCAGACCACUUCAUUAAGCUGAAGUGGUCUGGGUGCCUAUAGUGGUCCUUUAAUGAAAAGAAGAGUUUCCACACAUUCUUAUGUAUAACUAAAAAACCUAUAAAAAGAUAUGUUUGAUAUAAAAGAUAUGUUUGAAAAAAAAAUCUAAUAAAACAAGGAGAAAUAGAGGGCUCAAAGAAAGGAUUAAUUUAAGAGCAACACCUGCACAUUAACAGAGCUACUUUAAGUCUAUAUGUCAAUUGAUUUUGAAUAUUAUCUAUGAGAACCUUUAAAGAGCUUUACUUUACACCAGCCUCAGAUGAAAACUUCACUUUGUGUCCAUAGCGUUACUCCCACAAAGUACAGCAAUUCUGAUAAGCUUUUUAAGAUUAAACUUUUAAUUAUUUUACUUUCUCUGUUUUACUAUCCUGAAUUGCACAUAACAUUCCUUAUGCUGUAAGCAAUGGUACCUAAUAAAACAACUGAUAUUGUCACAUUUUUUUUACGAGUAAAUAUUAUUUCGCUUUAGUAUGCCAAGUCAAUAGGUGUGUUUCUGAGUCUAUAAUACAUAGUAAAGACAAUACAAUUAGUUGCCCUGUUUGGUAUUCAUCGCCCCUAUAUUGUUAAAAACACUAUUGUAGAUAUAUUGCAGAACUGUUUUCUUCUAUUUAGAUAAUAAAAUGGAUUGUGAAUACCAAACACUAUAAAUCUCCCUACAGGUUAAUGCAUAUUAAUAAAUUGCUGUUGUGCAUCAUUUGCAUAUCUCAAGUAGAAUCUUGGAAAAAUCCACCAGUAAUUCCAAGAAAUUAUGUUUUAACAGUUCUAUCAUCAGCAUAGACAGGCAUUAUGUUUCGGAUCUCACGCUUUAUUCCUGCAGACACCAUUGGCAUAGGAGCACUGUUUUAUACACAGCUUUUUAAACUAAAGCAUAGGUCCAGUUCCAAAAGAAUCAGCAACCAAAAACCAGCCAUGGGGCUCUGCAAGCUGUGUAGAAGUUGAAAUCUUCUAGCGUAUAGCUACAUACUAAAUAAGUUGUGGUGAGACCUACCAAGACAGAACUACCCACAUGUUUAUGCUAUUUUGAAAAUUCCUGUUGGGCAUCAUCAGUAUAUCUCUAAAAGCUGGGGAAAAGUAAUUUUGAGAAACCAUGUUUACACAAGUCUCAAAGAAUGCCCAGCUCUGUUUAAAAAGCUGUGUUUAAAUCAUUAAUAACGAAAAGAAAAACAGAACUCUGUUCCAACUAUUAUGAUAACAUACUGUCGUGAUUAAUAAGUAUAUAAAAAUCUGAAAGAUACUUUAUUCAUAAAACCAAAAAACACAAAAAAUAAUAAUAAAUAAAAAUAAACACAGAAACCCUGGCGGACGCGCGUUUCACCUUGAAUUAGAGGCUCAUCAGGGGAAACUCAUUUGCCGGAUUCCCGGGGUUUAAAAAGCCCGCCCCUGAGUCUGAUUGGUUACUAAUAGAAUCAGGGGAUGCAGGCAAGUACGCUGGCCGAAGUGGCUCAAACAGAUGAAAAGUAGCUAGAUUGGAUAGUGAUAUAAUUAAAACCAGAUUUGGUUGUCUGAUGUCAAUAUAAUCUAAUCCCUCAGGAUCCCUUAGGGGCGGGCUUUUUAAACCCCGGGAAUCCGGCGAAUAAGUUCCCCCUGAUGAGCCUCUAAUUCAAGGAGAAACGCGCAUCCGCCAGGGUUUAUCUGUGUUUAUUUUUAUUUAUUAUAAUUUUUUUGUGUUUUUUGGUUUUACGAAUAAAGUAUCUUUCAGAUUUUUAUAUACUUAUUAUUUAUCAUGACAGUAUGUUAUCAUAAUAGUUGGAACAGAGUUCUGUUUUUCUUUUCGUUAUUAACAAUUUCUUUAGGGUUACCCCCUUAUCUGUUCCUGUAGAUUUUUGGCCACCUCUCAUUUAAGUGUUUAAAUCAUUACGCCAUUGCAAAGGGUGCUUCAGUAUGAAGUCUGAAACACUAUGCCUCUCUGUCCUCAAUUGCUCAGGAUCACUGCGCCCAAGGUGGUCCUACCUGCGAAAUGCAGAUGAUACUCAACACUCAUUUUUAGAAUUUCUAUUCUCUUAAAAAGGAUACAAAUAAUUGGUUGAUAUAUCUAAACCUGGUUUCUGCACAUAUUACAGAUACUUCAAGUUUGCUGGGGAUAGUUCAAAGGAGAGACAUUCAGUAAGAUGUUUUUUUUAAUUUUCUAAUAAGGGGAGAAUUAUUUUAUUCUGUAGAUUAUUAGAUGAUGUAUUGGAAUGGGUGAAAUAAACCAGCAAUGUUCCUUCAAUACGUUGAUUCUUUGUAAAGUGCCACAAUGUAUGAUAUGAUUAUGAUUGUCUUAAUUUAGCAUCUACUAUCAUGUGUAUUAAUGACAUCUCAUUAUUUCACUAUUUUUUUGACUAUUUAAUAGGCAAUUGUUCCUACUGAAGUCAAAAUUAAUCUAAUCAACAUGUUAUCAGAAGCAGGACUGCAGUCAAUAGAGGCCACUAGCUUUGUGUCUCCCAAGUGGGUACCUCAGGUACGUAUAUUGCCUAAAGUUUUCUAGCUUGGCUAUCAGUUCACUACAGUUCAGUGUUUUGUGAAUAAACAAUUGUGGAGAAUUUUCCCAGGGAAAGACAACUUGGGUUCACUCUGCUCUGGUCAUGGCUCAAGUCGGGACCAGGCUGCAUGGGGACUCUUGUUCGGUGUUAUACCAUUAAAAUGAGAUGCAGUUGUAAUGGUGUUUAGAGUGUCCUUUUAAGUGUUGCCAUUCAAAUUUUGACAUUAUGUAAAAUUAACAAAAUUGCAAAAAUCUAUCCCAUCUGAUUUGUAGAGUAUUUUUCCUUACUUUAUACGGUGGCCUAACUUCCUCGUGUUGAAUGCACAACAGGUCAAUGUUUAGUAAAUUAACCACUAAAUUAAUCAUAUUUGUUGUAUGAUUCAAUGUAAAAGUGCGCCAAUCUUUAACAAAUAAAAGUGGUAGGUGUACUGAACUGCUGCAAUUAUUAGACAAAGAAUGUGGUUUGUACAAAAAUGGGGCACACAACAGUUCUUAUGGAUAGGAGGCCCAGAACAGUAGUAUUGUGUAGAUUGACCAAUUACCUAAAAGCAGUAUAUAGAUGGCUAAAACACAAACAAGUAAUUCUGUUUUCAUUGCUCAGCGAUCAGGCAUGGAACAGUAAUAUUAUAGAAUGGGUUGCCAUUCACAAUCAUAAUGGCAUGUACAAUGGGGAAAUACAGACGAUAAAUGUUGUGCUCAACUUGUAUAGCAAAGACGAGACAAGGGGGAUAUGAUAGAAGCAUUUAAAUAUAUAAAGGGAAUCAACACAGUAAAGCAGGAGGAUAUAUUUAAAAGAAGGAAAACUACAACAGCAAGAGAACAUAGUCUUGAAUUAGAGGGGCAAAAGUUUAAAAAUAAUAUCGGGAAGUAUUACUUUACUGAGAGGGUAGUGGAUUCAUGGAAUAGCCUUCGAGCUGAAGUUGUAGAGUUUAACACAGUGAGGGAGUUUAAGCAUGCGGGGGACAGGCAUAAGGCUAUCCUAGAUAUAAGAGACUAAUGCAACUAUUUAGAAAAUUGGGCAGACUAGAUGGGCCGAAUAGCUCUUAUUUGCCGUCACAUUCUAUGUGUCAAGGGUGAUGUACAGAAUUGUUAUGGCAUGUAUAUGGCUUAGUCGCAUAGCUCUGACAUGUACAAGGACUUGUAUACCAGAGCAUUGAUGUAUGGAGGUUCAGAUGCAUAUAAGUAAUAGUGCAUUCAGAGAGUGACAAAUCAUAAAUAUGAGUACUGUUAAAAUAAAAAUAAUUUAAAAAAAAAUAAAAAAUCAUUGUUUUCAAAAAUUUUCUCCCUCCUAACUAGAUGUCAGACCAUGCAAAUGUGAUGCAUGGCAUUAAGAGGUUUCCAAAUGUCAGCUACCCAGUCCUGACUCCAAAUCUCACAGGAUUUCAAUCUGCGGUAAGAAACAUUAAAUGUUAAAUGAUUUAACUAGGACUCUGUUUCCAUUCCUGAAAGGUAAGAACCCACACCUUUCUUUAGUAACACAAUUUUGUAUUGAUCUGAUGAACUGCUAUGUCCUCCAAACAAAAUUAUUCUAGAAAAUAAGAAGUUAUAACAAUUAAUGAUUUCACUAAUAAUCACUUAAAAAAUAAUAAAACAAAUUAUAGUGUUAUGUUUUGUGAUUAAUGAGGAACAUUUAUUUAUAGUUAGGGAUGCCCCAAAAUUAAAAUUCUGUGACGAAACCAAAAAUUCAGGAUGCCCUUGGCCGAAAACCGAAAAUGGCCUUUUUCCCUUAAUGAUUUUGAUAGGAUAGGCCGAUUUUCGGCCGAACAUUUUGAUGCAUCCCUACAUUACAGGCUAUGUUGUACAAUCACAGACACACAUUACAGCUAUGCUGUAUAAUCACAGACAGACACACAUUACAGGCUAUGUUAUACAAUCACUGACACACACAUUACAGGUCAUGUUAUACAAUCAUUACAGUGCUGUACAAUCACAGACAGACACACAUUACAGGCCAGGUUAUACAAUCACAGACACACAUUACAGGCUAUGCUGUACAAUCACAGACAGACACACAUUACAGGCCAGGUUAUACAAUCACAGACACACAUUACAGGCUAUGCUGUACAAUCACAGACAACAAACAAGUAGCACAAAAUAAGAUGCUCAAAAAGUUUACUUCUUAGGAUCUAUUCACCAGUCGGACACUCCAGUUAUGUCCAAAGAGUUUAACCCUCUACACUUAAACAUAAAGAAUUUCACCUACUCCACCAGUAGGUGGAUAAGUGGAGUCUGGAAUAGUGUAGUUAGUAUCUUAGUAAAUGGAAUGAUAAUCCACUCUAAAUACACAGUAUGAUCACAGAACACAUAAAUCUGAAGUGCAAAAAAUAAAUAAGAACUAGCCUUAUAAGGCUACUCCUUUACCUAGUUACAGCUGUGAAUAUACGUAGAAAACCUCCAAAGUAGUGCUUAGAAAAUCAAGUACAUGAGCUUUAUUAAAAACGCUUGUUUUUAGCACAGAAACUUGUAUACAGACAAUAGAUCAAUCUGGAAGGUAGACAAGGUGUAAAAACAUAAAAUACAUUGGAGGUAGCAAGGGGAAACUGGAGGUAAGACCAAAGUUACUAGUCUAGUUAAGUCACUAGACUAGACAAGGGUACUAGUCACUAGAGGUUUUGCACUUGAGGUAUAUGUGUUCUGUGAUCAUACUGUGUGUUUAGAGUGGAGUAGUAGUCACAGACAGACGCACAUUACAGGCUAGUUUUGCCCACUCCUAUCUCCUGGCGGAAGCAGUUUAUAACGAUCUUCGGGUGUGCUAGAUUCUGAUUGGCCGCUCUAGUAUUUCUGGGUCUGAGGGUCGGUAAAGAUGGCGGCAGUCAACGAGCAGUGGCGGGGAUAGAGAAGGUAGAGAAAGAGAAGCGCCUGGAGCUGGUAGUCCAUGGUCCAGUUAUGGAUUAAAAGCUGUGGGCAUGUGGAAGGCCAGCUCCCCCCGGCUCUCUUCACCCUCUCCCUCAACUACCUGGAGGUGAGUGGGUGCUCGAGCUGCGGGAGCUGUCAGAUGGUCUGGGCCUCCUCUCCCACGUGCAGAGCCUGGUGCUCUGCCGCAAUAAGCUGCAGAGCAUCCCCCCCGGCUCUCAGCAAGCUGAAGGCCCUGCGGGUGUUGGAUCUGUCCGGUAACGAGCUGGAGGAGCUGACGGCGGAGAUCACGCAGCUGUCUGACCUCUGCACCCUGAAUGUAAGCUGUAACUGGCUGCUGGGCAUUGUGCCCUCGUAUAGUGCUGGCUACUAACCGGGCAUUGUGCCCUCUCAUAAUGGGGGGGAGGGGUGUAAUUUUCGGCCGAAAUGACGCUUUUUCGUCCUAAAUGGGCCAUUUUUGGCCGAACAUUAUAGCAACCGAAAUUUCAGCUCAUCUCUGUCCAGUCAUAUCAUGUAUUUAUUUAGAUAUUAAAAAUACACCUUUGCCUACCCUGCCAUAUGUAUAAUUAUCUUGUUUUUUUAAUUCGAUUACAGGUGCAGUGUGGUGCUAAAGAAGUGGCCAUUUUUGGAGCAGCUUCUGAGUUGUUCAGUAAGAAGAAUAUUAAUUGUUCAAUUGAGGAAAGUUUGCAGAGAUUCGAAGCAGUCACAGCCGCAGCAAAAGAAGCAAACAUCCCUGUACGAGGGUAGGAAAAAAAAUAUGAGAUUAUUGUGUUUUUGGCAGGCAAGUCAUUGUGUUGAAAACAAGCUUUAGUAGAAUUUUAAUGGUUUGCUAUGUUUAUAGAGAGUUUGCUUAAUUACUACUCAAUUGAUUAGCUCUUUUCUUAGAGCCAUAUUUAGUAAGCUAGCCCCCUCGUCAUGUUGUUUGCUGCAUCCUAUGCACUCUUAUACAGAGGUUGUCACUCAGCACGCCUGUGUAGAUUGUAUAUGCUGCAUCUUUGAUGGAAGGACGUAAAUUGUCAGCACCAAGCACUGCUGUGUUCCCACAUUAAAUACAUUUAAAAUUAUUUUUUGGAAUAAAGCAUUGUGGAGAAAUGAAGACACUGAAUUGAAAUGUAAGCUUGUUUUAAAAUGUAUAUUAUGUGGCAUUACUGCUGCAGCACAGUCAUGACCAUUGACCAUAAUAAAACAAUAUAAUCUGUAAUAAUAAAUAUAAUAAGUGGAUAGCAGAGGCAUCAAACAAUGCAAAAACAUACAUAUUAUAAUCUGCAAAGAUCUUAAAUGUAGGGUAAGCCCAAUAUUACAGGUUGUGUGGGCUCCUGGUCAUGGGUCUGCAAAACACUUUAAUUGUGCUUGUUUUCUUGCUCUAUCUCUUGAAUAAAUUAAGCUGCUUUAUCUUGUAAUUUAUUCUCCUCAUUAUAUAUUCUUAAAUCCACUCUCUACUUUUUGUUUAUUGUUCUCUAAACUCGAACCAUUACAUGUAACAUUUACGUUUAUGUGCUAUUAUAGAUAUGUUUCCUGUGUUCUUGGGUGUCCGUAUGAAGGGAAAGUACAUCCCAGUAAAGUGGCUGAGGUUAGUAUGCUAAUAUGUAUUCAAUUUUAAACCUCAACAUAAUUAAAAGUCUUACCAUUCUAAUAUUUUAUCAAUUUUCAUUUUCUACAAAUGUGUUACAAUGUGUCUACUGCAAUCCAUAAUCCCAUUAAUGGCAAAGCUUGCAUUAGAGAUGCAUUACAUUUGGCACUACAUGUUUUGUCAACUUUAAUUUAAGGAGCUGUAGUGCCAGAUGUUAGCAGUCACUGUCCUAAUUUAAUGGGGUGAGAAAAAAUUCUCAUUUUUUUCUUUUUGUAGCCUGAUACAGUUUUCUUUGUUGGACUCAAUGCUUCUCUUUGUGUGGCUCUUACAACACUUACAUACUUUCACAUGCAUUAUUCACUGACCUUAAUUAUGCAUGAGUCACCACCUAUAGCUUAAAUGGAAUACCAUUCUUGCUUCAUUGAGCGCAUGCUAUUCAUUGAACUAUUUAUCAUGGUGAUUAUUAGAAUUAUUGGCAUUUAUUUAGCACCAACUUAUUACACACCGCUGUAUAAUAUUAUAAAGGGGGAAACUUAACAAUGAAUGAAACUGGUACAAAAUGUUACAGGAACAGUAGGUUGAUGAGGGCCCUGUUCAAAAGAGCUUAGGGUUAUAGAUGAUUCUUCCCUAAUCAGUCAGUUGCUACCAACUUAUGCGUGUGUUUAGCUAUUUGUAUCCUACCACCAACACACACAUUGUAAGUAGUCUGUGUUAUGAGAUAUGCUCUUUGCACACAGGUGGCACACAAGAUGUUUUCCAUGGGCUGCUAUGAGAUCUCCCUGGGUGACACAAUCGGAGUGGGGACUCCGGGCAGCAUGCGGGACAUGCUGUGCGCCGUACUUGAUGUGAUUCCAGCUCAUGCUAUUGCUGUUCACUGCCAUGACACUUAUGGUCAGGCGUUAGCAAACAUCUUAGUGGCUCUGCAGGUAACCUUCCAUAAUAUUGCAAAUAUAAUUUUAUUUUACAGUAGGAAAUGAAUGGCACAAUCCACCUUUGAUAUCCGAUCCAAUGUACAAUUACAAUCCAAAUGAUUGUUUUAGCUUCAAUAAUAACAGUGUUGAUUGACACUAGGAACAGUGAUUUUGCUCAAUUACUCUUCGAUGUUGUGGAACAUUACAACAGUAUUUUUGUUGAAUUAAUAGCAUUAUCUGUAGUAAACUUUCAUACUGUUAUUAGGAUAUUUUUCUGAUAUUGUGAUAAGGAGAUUUGUUUUUGCUCUCUUAUAACCAACAAUAUUGACUGAUGUUUUUAUUUUUUUUGGUUAUUACUCACUGGCUUUGGUACAAUACACAAAGUGGCAUAGUACACUUAUUUGCAUAAAUAAAAAAAAAGAGAUGACUAACAAACUUGCUUUAAAUCCUUACAGUGUGUGGAAUCUUAUCUAUUAUUUUUUUAUUUAGCAAAAAAUGGUUGUUAGUCCUAUUUUGCCCCAUACUCUUUGGAUUAGGAAGGAUAAUGUUUACCAAAAGCAGUAGGGUCACAUCAUCGCCUUUUGGUACUUACAAGCUGUAUGUUUGGACAACCUUGCUGCAUGUUGUAGGGUGGUAUCUCUAGAUAUUUCUUUAUUCUAGUAUGCUGAGUUUUUAUAAAUCUAUACACACAUAAAGCUUGUCAAAAUUCUGUUAGUCCAAUAAAAAAGGUAUUACAAGACGCAAAUGUUCUCUGUUAUUUUACAUCUGCAUCACUGGACUAAUAAAGCAUUACAGAAAACAUCUGAACAAAGAAAAAAAACUUACUACAUCUAGGUAUCAACAAAAUAUGAGAAAAUAGAAUCUUCCUUUUUCCUGUGAAUUGAUAGCCAUGUUAAGUUCUAUUUAUAUUCAUUCCUUUUGACAGACUGCUUAGACAUCUUUUAUAUCUACAUGUUUAGCUUGAGCUUGCCAUGACUUUAUUAUUCUUUACGUGUGUGUGAUGACGUGUUAACUUCUCUGCUCCAGAUGGGUGUGCAAGUGGUGGAUUCCUCUAUAGCGGGUCUUGGAGGAUGUCCGUAUGCCCAAGGAGCUUCUGGGAACGUGGCCACAGAAGAUGUUGUUUAUAUGCUUCAUGGACUUGGUAUUCACACAGUAUGUCGCUUGCUACAAUAUUUUUGUAUUAUAGUCUUUACUUUAUAAUUCAGUGUUUUGUUAUGUCUCAUACAUUUGUUUAAUCAUGUUUAUUUAGGGUGUUGACCUGAAGAAAUUGACAGAAGCAGGAGCUUAUAUCUGCAGAGCUUUGGGAAAGAAGAGCAACUCCAAAGUAUCCCAGGCAAUGUGCAGACUUUGAAGAACGAGACAUUUGAAGCUCUUUGUUAGAAACUAGUUUUAUUCUCAGGGGAAUAGAAUAAAAACUACAAACAAGAAGCACUAUGUAAAUUUACAAAAACUUAACUUCUACUUAAUUUCAUUUUCACAUUUUAUAGAGCAACUGAUUAAGAGCUACCUUCUGAAAUAACAAAGCCAUGGAGUGUAGCUGCAGAAGAACAAUAAUUAACAAUAUGGGGUUGACUUCAAGCACGGGUUUCUAUUGAUCAUUGUUCUUGGGCAUUUUAGUUUGACCAUGUCAAUAAAUGUUACUCUAGCCAAGAGAGUUUUUACUAAAGUGAGCACUGUCCAGAAUUCAAUGUGAAUUUUAAAGUCAAGACCUAAAUAGCUAUACUUCCACUUAGUAAAUAUCCCUGAGUAUUUUACUAAAAUACUGUAAAUUGGUUGGAGUAACAGAUUAAGAAUUCUUCUGUUUGAAGAUACAGGGUUCUAUGUUGACACAAAGAUGUUUUCGGUGUAUCUAUUCUUCUGUGUUGUCAAGACCUAUACGCAAUAUAACUGUAAUGCUUAUUAAAGAAACUAUUUUAAACAAAGGUUUAAUUGUAAACUGUUCUUUUCAUUUUGAU